ACUCACGGCGGCGCGUGCGCGGGGCCGGCGGCGAGCGGCAGCAAUGGCGGCCAGCGGCAAGUCCUUCCUGGCCGACGCGGGCUAUGGCGAGCAGGAGCUGGACGCCAACUCCGCCCUCAUGGAGCUGGACAAAGGCCUCAGGUCUGGCAAGCUCGGGGAGCAGUGCGAAGCCGUCGUUCGUUUUCCUAGGCUCUUCCAGAAAUACCCGUUCCCCAUUCUCAUCAACUCGGCGUUCCUAAAGCUGGCCGAUGUUUUCAGAGUGGGGAACAACUUCCUGAGGCUGUGUGUGCUGAAAGUUACUCAGCAGAGUGAGAAGCACUUGGAGAAGAUCCUGAAUGUGGAUGAAUUUGUCAAGAGAGUUUUCUCGGUGAUCCACAGCAAUGAUCCGGUGGCUCGGGCUAUUACACUCCGGAUGUUGGGCAGCAUGGCAUCUAUCAUUCCAGAAAGGAAGAAUGCACAUCACAGUAUUCGCCAGAGUUUGGAUUCCCAUGAUAAUGUGGAAGUUGAAGCUGCUAUAUUUGCUGCUGCCAACUUUUCUGCACAAUCUAAGGAUUUUGCCGUCGGAAUAUGUAACAAAAUCAGUGAGAUGAUUCAAGGUUUGGCCACACCUGUGGACCUGAAGCUGAAGUUGAUCCCUAUUCUGCAGCACAUGCACCACGAUGCCAGCCUGGCCUCCAGCUCCCGGCAGCUGCUGCAGCAGCUGGUGACCUCCUACCCCUCCACCAAGAUGGUCAUUGUCACCCUGCACACCUUUACUCUGCUUGCUGCUUCUUCUUUGGUUGACAUUCCCAAGCAGAUUCAACUUUUGUUGCAGUACUUGAAAAAUGACCCCAGGAAGGCAGUGAAGAGGCUUGCAAUCCAGGAUUUGAGGUUGUUGGCCAACAAGACACCACAUACAUGGAGCCGAGAAAAUAUUCAGGCGCUCUGUGAAUCUGCUCUUAACACUCCUUAUGACAGCUUGAAAAUGGGCAUGUUAUCUGUUCUUUCCACAUUAUCAGGAACCAUUGCCAUUAAACAGUACUUCAGCAGUGCUCCAGGAGCAGCAGCCACAACUGCCAGGUCAUUUGAUUUGGUAAAACUAGCACAGGAGUGCUGUUACCAUAAUAACCGUGGCAUUGCAGCUCAUGGAGUGAGAAUUCUGACCAAUAUUUCAGCCUCUUGCCAGGAAAAAGAUCUUCUGCCUUUGGAGCAAGAUGCAGUUUUUGGCUUAGAAGCUCUUCUUGUUCUCUGUAGUCAAGACGACAGCCCAGGAGCUCAGGCAACCUUAAAGAUCACGCUGACCUGCAUGGUGAAGCUGGUGAAGUGCCGCCCCCACCUGAGCCAGUCCGUGGUGGAAUCCCUGCUGGCACAGCUGCACAGUGCCCAGGACAACGCCAGGAUCCUCAUGUGCCACUGCCUGGCAGCCAUUGCCAUGCAGCUGCCUGUCUUGGCAGAUGGGAUGCUAGGAGACCUAAUGGACCUCUAUAAAUUAAUUGGACAAUCUGCCACAGAUAAAAAGCAGGAACUCUUGGUUUCGCUUGCCACAGUGAUAUUUGUUUCCAGUCAGAAAGCUUUGUCCACAGAAAUCAAAACUGUGAUCAAACAGCAGCUUGAGAAUGCCUCCAAUGGAUGGACAGCCUACAGGAUAGCCAGGCAGGCUUCCAGAAUGGGCAACCACGACAUGGCCAGAGAGCUGUACCAGAGCCUGCUGACCCAAGUGGCUUCAGAGCACUUCUACUUCUGGCUGAACAGCCUGAAGGAGUUCUCCCACGCCGAGCAGUGCCUGACAGGCCUGCAGGAGGACAGCUACAGCUCCGCGCUCUCCUGCAUCGCCGAAGCCCUCAAGUCCUACCACAAAGGAAUCGCCUCGCUGACGGCUGCUAGUACGCCACUUAAUCCUCUGAGCUUUCAGUGUGGAUUUGUGAAACUCAGGAUUGACCUUCUGCAAGCUUUUUCUCAACUUAUUUGUACCUGCAACAGCCUAAAAACAAGUCCACCCCCAGCUAUUGCCACAACGAUUGCUAUGACAUCGGGAAAUGAUCUCCAGAGGUGUGGCCGCAUCUCCAACCAGAUGAAACACUCAAUGGAGGAAUUCCGGAACUUGGCUACACGGUAUGGAGAUCUCUAUCAGUCAUCUUUUGAUGCAGACUCAGCAACUCUAAGGAAUGUAGAACUACAACAGCAGAGCUGCCUGUUGAUUUCACAUGCAAUAGAAGCUCUGAUUUUGGAUCCAGAAUCUGCAAGUUUCCAGGAAUAUAGCUCAAAUGGAACAGCUCAUGUUGAAAGUGAAUAUGAAAGAAGAAUGAUGUCUGUAUUUAAUCAUGUACUAGAGGAAGUGGAAUCCCUCAACAGGAAGUAUGCUCCUGUGUCUUAUUUGCAUACAGCUUGUCUGUGCAAUGCUGUCAUUGCCUUGUUGAAGGUGCCCCUUUCAUUUCAAAGGUACUUUUUCCAAAAGCUGCAGUCUACAAGUAUUAAGCUUGCUCUAUCCCCAUCUCCAAGGAACCCAGCAGAGCCUAUAGCAGUGCAGAACAACCAGCAGUUGGCCCUCAAGGUGGAAGGAGUGGUUCAGCAUGGAUCCAAACCAGGCCUUUUCCGUAAAAUCCAGUCUGUCUGUCUCAAUGUCUCUUCAGUGCUUCAGAGCAAAUCUGGACAGGACUAUAAGAUUCCUCUUGACAACAUGACCAAUGAAAUGGAGCAGAGGGUGGAACCGCACAACGACUACUUCAGCACUCAGUUCCUCCUCAACUUUGUCAUCCUUGGCACCCACAACAUCACCGUGGAGUCCUCUGUGAUAGACUCGAAUGGUAUUGUCUGGAAAACUGGGCCUAAAACAACCAUUUUUGUGAAGUCUCUUGAGGAUCCAUACUCGCAGCAGGUUCGCCUGCAGCAGCAGCAGGGCCAGGCGCCAGUGCAGCAGCAGCAGCAGAGAACCGCGUACUCGCGCUUCUGAGCGCCACAGUCACCCCCGCCUGCUCCUCUGGACACUUCUGUUUUAAAGGGGGUUUUUUUUUAGGAUUUUUUUUAUUACAGCCUUCUCCUAGAAAGUCUCAGGUGCCAGUUUGUUGCUUCUUAAAUUAUCUGGAGUAAAUUUGAACUUGAUUCAGCAGAGGCAGCUGUUCACAUUUGGAGUUGCGCUCUUACUAUAAGAACUUCCACCUGAUCUUAACUUCUGUUUACAAACCUGUUCCAGCAGGCUCCACAGACUGCAGCAGCAAGGGACACUAAGUUUGUCGACUGGUACUUUCCAUGAUGUUUUUUGAAGCACAUAGGUUCUAAUGUCAGGCUUACAGGACAUUGGGAAACACUUCACUUUGGCUGAUUAUACAGAGAUUAGUGUAAUAUCAAGUGUGUCUCUUUUAAUGUGAAGCAAGUGGCAGGAAUAUCCAGAGAUUCUUUUGCUGACAUUUUAAUAGGAAGUUCCAGUAUUUGGCUGGUGUAUGUAUGUUAUUAAAUUCUUCAGCACUAUUUAAUGCAUGCAGCUGGAAGAAAAACAAUUGCAGUUCACUUGUGAUACCCAGUCACUGCAGAGGGAGGAGACUGCUUGAGGGGUUGCUGUCUGGGGAGUCUUGCAAGAGGCAGAAUUUUACAGGUGGGAAUAAUCACUGUCUCUCAGAUGAUAUGGAAGAUAUUACCAUGUUGUUUUUAAAUUUUCAUGCAUCUGUACUUCUGAAACCUUUUCUUUCGUAGGGUUUUUUUAAUUUGCUCUUUUAAGAGGGAAAUUAAAAUGAAUGACAGCUUGCAAGUAAGCAGCUCUGUUUUUUAAAAGGAGUCUUUUAUACCAAAA